GUCCAGCUCGCCCCACCAAGGGAUCGACAUGGUGGCCACCUGCCUGCACCUGGCUGGAGUUGUCUGCAGUUUUGUAGGGUGGAUCGGGGUGAUUGUGGCAACGUCCACCAACGACUGGGUGGUAACUUGCGGCUACACCAUUACCACCUGCAGGAAAAUGGAUGAGCUGGGAUCCAAGGGGCUGUGGGCAGACUGUGUCAUGGCCACGGGGCUCUACCACUGCAAGCCCCUCGUGGACAUCCUCAUACUGCCAGGAUACGUUCAGGCAUGUCGAGCUCUGAUGAUCGCCGCCUCCGUCCUGGGUCUCCCUGCUAUCUUCUUGCUGAUAACGGUCUUGCCCUGCAUCCGGAUGGGUCACGAGCCUGGAGCUGCCAAAUACCGGCGGUCCCAGCUGGGAGGGAUCCUCAUCAUCCUCCUGGCCAUGUGCGGUGUGGUUGCCACCAUCUGGUUUCCCGUCUGCGCCCACCGCGAGACCACCAUCAUGAGCUUUGGCUACUCCCUCUACACGGGCUGGAUCGGCUCUGCCCUCUGCCUCUUUGGCGGCUGCGUCAUCGUCUGCUGCUCAGGAGAUGCCCAGACGUUCGGUGAGAACCGUUUCUACUACGCCUCGGGAUCCAGCUCCCCCACCCACGCGAAGAGCGCCCACGUGUAG